AUUAGGUUAGAAAAAUGAAUUCAGCGUUUGGUAAAUAAAACUGUUGCUAUACGGAAUAAAAUAUAUUUUGAGUGCACAAUAACUAUGUAACAUUCUUUUAUAUGGAUAAUGUAUUCAUGUUGGAGAAUAUCUUCUAGAUACCAAAAAAAAUUAAUUUUUUCAAUCUAAAUUACUUCCUUAAAUUAUAGACAGUUACAGUUACCAAGUCAAGUAGAAAUGAGAACAAAGUUUGAGUUUGAUUCAAAUAGUUCAGAUGAAGAAGAUAAAAAAAUUUUUGAUAAAAAUAAUGACAAUACUUUCCAGGAACAUGGUGUUUCUUUAGUAUAUGAAAAUAAUUCUGAACCAUUUCCUUUGUUUAAUAAAGAAACAAUAGAAGAAGAAAAAAAAGAAGAGUGUUUUGAAAAAGAAAAUACUGAAUCAGCAACAUGUUUUAUGAUGGAUGUAAAAAACAGUUCUAUUCAGGAUACAGAACAUUUAGAUACAAGGUUUGAAAAUAGUAUUCAUAUUGACACACUUAGUGACAGAAUGGUAAAUGAUACUGUUCAAACUAUUGUUUCAAAUCCUAAUGAUUUUCCAUUGAAUUAUCAUUCAUCAAACAAUAAAAAGCUUUCAAAUUUAAAUGUAUAUUCUGAAAAUACUACUGAAACUAAUAUUGUAGAAAACUUAGGAAAUUCGAUGGAGGAUAUUGAUAGACGAAAUUCAUUUAAAAAGGAAUCAUCUGACACUGACAGAGUUGUAACAGAAAAUGAUUUUCCAAUUUUUUCUCAUUCUGGCACUGAAAACAAGAAAAAGAAGAAGAAGAAAAAAGAUGAAUUAAAAAUUAAAUUGAAAGACUUAGCUACACGAUUAUCUGUUGAACAGAAAAUGAGUGAGCAUUUACGAAAUCAAAUUCAAAAAGAAAUCAAUGAACAAGAAAAACUUACACACAAAUGUGAAAACCUUCAAAAGGAGAUAACUUUGUUGCACAAAGAUUACACUGAUCAACAACAGCAAUAUGCUGAGUGUUUGCGCACAAUGAAAGAAGUCCAAGAUGCUUAUGCUGAAAAGACUGUUGCUGUUGAGAACUACAAACAAGAGGUUAUUGAGCUUCAACUUCAACUUCAAGCUUCUGAAGGAAAUCAACGUUUGAUUGAAAGUCUUCGUCAGGAUGCUUUGGAUUCUCAUCUGCUUUUGGAAAAAUUAAAACAAGCUCAUAAAAAAGAUGUAGAACGAAUAGAAGAAGAAUAUUCAAAACAAAAAGUUUCACUUCAAAACGAAAUGGAUGAAUUUAAAAUAAGCAAGCAAGAAAAAAAUAAUGAGAUAAUGAAGCUUCAAAGUACUAUUUACCUUCUAAAAGACGAAGUUCGGGAAGCAAACGAAUUAACAGAAAAAAUAAAGAGCAAAUUAGAGCAAAAGUGUUUAAAAGUCAAAAAAUUGAAAUCAGAAGUUUCCAUUUUAAACAAUGAAAUAUCUGGACUUCAUAGUUCUCUGGCUGAUAAAGGUGAACUGAUUGCUGAUCUUAGAAACCAGCUUUUAAAAGAAGCAGAGUUUUUAACAUUAGAACAUGAUUUACGAGUCAAACGUGAAAGUGAAUUAGAGCAGUUGCCAAUUUUGUUACAAGAAAGUCAGAAAUAUCAAGAUGAAAUUGAUCAAUGGAAGCAUCAAUAUGAAAUGAAAAAUUUAAAAGUAAAAUUUCUUAAAAAGCAAAUCAAAGAACUAUGUGAACAAAAAGAGAAAACAGAAUCCAUUUUAUUUAUACUCCCAGAAAUGCAAAAAAAGAUUUCAGCACUAGAUGAAGAAAAGCAGAAACUGGAAAAGAGUAUUGAGGAUCAAAUAUACAAGGAAAAAGAGCAAAAAGCUCAAAUUGAGUUUGAGAAACAGGAAAAAGAAGAGCUACUAAAAAAGAAGAAAGAAGAAUGGGAAAACAAGACCCUUGGAAUCGGUAUUUGUACUCAUGAACAAAAUAUUGUUGAAAACAUUCCAAUAAAUAAGAGUUUAAUCAGACCUGUUAGUGCACCACUUUUAAAACCCAAACCUCCCUCAUCAACUUCAUCCAAACAAUGGUCCAAAAAUGGAUACAGAAAAUCGAAAAAUAUUUUAAAUGGAAAUCAUUCUCUUGAAGAAGUUUUUACAAAAGAAAAAACUUCACAGAAAAACGAAAGCAGAUAUUUAUCACCGAAAUACAACAACUUUAUUGAUUCCUUGAACAAACAUUCCUUGUUAACUCCCAAAAUACUCAAAGCAGUUAAAGAACAAAAAUCUAUAACAUCAAGGAUAUUGGUUCUAGGUAAUAAUGAAGAAGGACCAGGAAAAAGGUUGCUAACAGUUGGUGACCGAGUUAUAACAAAAUUAAAAUGCAAUUGCUCUACUCAUUCUGGAUCAUUUGAAGAACAUACAGGAACUGUCAAGUUUAUUGGUUUUGUAGAUGGGAAUGAUAUAGAUGUUUAUGUUGGAUUGAGAAUGGAUGAUGAAGUUGGGCAUACGGAUGGAAAAAUUGGUAGUAAACGAUAUUUUUACUGUGAACCAAGGAGAGGAAGAUUUGUUCGCCUUGAAGAUGUUAAAGUAUUUAAUGAUAUGCAGUAUACACGACCUCUGUUUAAUACAAGCUUCUGACAAACGUCGAGUUUUAGCCCUGAAAAUGUAGUAUAGUGAUAAUUGGUAUGCAAAUUAUGGUAGUACUUUUUGGUAACUUGUUUUCAGAGGUGAUCGUUUUUUCAUAUACGAACGAUCCAUUAUUUAUAUUUAUAUACAAAUAAACCUUUAAUGCAUUUACAGUAAAAAAAUCUUUGCGGGAAAAAAAUAGAGUUCUGUCACCUUCAAAGAAUUUUU